CAACAUUAAUUAAAGCAACAUUAGUUAAAGCGACAUUAAUUAAAGCGACAUUAGUUAAAGUGAUGUUAGUUAAAGUAACAUUAAUUAAAGCGACAUUAGUUAAAGUGAUGUUAGUUAAAGCGACAUUAGUUAAAGCGAUGUUAGUUAAAGCGACAUUAGUUAAAGCAAUGUUAGUUAAAGUGACAUUAGUUAAAGCGAUGUUAGUUAAAGUGAUAUUAGUUAAAGUGACAUUAAUUAAAACGAUGUUAGUUAAAGCAAUGUUAGUUAAAGCAACAUUAGUUAAAGCGAUGUUAGUUAAAGUGACAUUAGUUAAAGCGAUAUUAGUUAAAGCGACAUUAGUUAAAGCGAUAUUAGUUAAAGCGAUGUUAGUUAAAGCGAUGUUAGUUAAAGCGACAUUAGUUAAAGCGAUGUUAGUUAAAGCGACAUUAGUUAAAGCGACAUUAGUUAAAGCGACAUUAGUUAAAGUGAUGUUAGUUAAAGUGAUGUUAGUUAAAGCGACAUUAGUUAAAGCGACAUUAGUUAAAGCAACAUUAGUUAAAGCGAUGUUAGUUAAAGCGACAUUAGUUAAAGCGACAUUAGUUAAAGCGACAUUAGUUAAAGCGACAUUAGUUAAAGCGACAUUA